AGAGCGCGCCUCGGUUGUCAAACAUGGCUGAAGCGCCGCUGCCGCCGCGACUGCCGCUGCGGGGAAAAUGCUGAGCCCGCCUGGGCCCGGCGGGCGGCGGCGGCGAGGGCGGCGAGGGGCACCCGCUUCCCGGGCGCGGCGGCGGCGGCCAUGGCCCGGCUCGCCGACUACUUCAUCGUGGUCGGCUACGACCACGAGAAGCCAGGAUCAGGAGCAGGUCUGGGGAAAAUAAUCCAGAGAUUUCCGCAGAAGGACUGGGAUGAUACACCUUUUCCACAGGGAAUUGAAUUGUUUUGUCAGCCUGGUGGGUGGCAACUGUCCAGAGAGAGGAAGCAGCCAACAUUUUUUGUGGUGGUCCUGACAGAUAUUGACUCCGAUCGGCAUUACUGUUCAUGCCUAACUUUCUAUGAGGCAGAGAUCAAUCUUCAGGGCACAAAGAAGGAAGAGUUUGAAAGUGAAGUGGAAGUGUCUGGUUUAAUUCAGCCUGCAGAAGUGUUUGCUCCCAAAAGCCUGGUUUUGGUAUCCAGAUUAGAUUAUCCAGAAAUUUUUAGGGCUUGCCUUGGUUUGAUCUAUACUGUAUAUGUGGAUAGUCUGAAUGUUUCCUUAGAAAGUCUCAUUGCAAACUUGUGUGCAUGCCUAGUCCCAGCCGCUGGAGGAUCUCAGAAACUGUUUUCCUUGGGUGCGGGAGAUAGACAGCUUAUCCAGACUCCUUUGCAUGACAGUCUUCCUGUCACAGGCACUAGUGUGGCUCUCCUGUUCCAGCAGUUGGGAAUUCAAAAUGUCCUCAGCCUCUUUUGUGCAGUUCUUACAGAAAAUAAGGUUCUCUUCCAUUCUGCAAGUUUUCAGCGACUUAGUGAUGCUUGUAGAGCCCUGGAAUCUUUAAUGUUUCCUCUUAAAUAUAGUUACCCCUACAUUCCCAUUCUGCCAGCUCAGCUACUGGAAGUUCUAAGUUCCCCAACACCUUUCAUUAUUGGAGUACAUUCUAUUUUUAAAACUGAUAUCCACGAACUUUUAGAUGUUAUCAUAGCAGAUUUGGAUGGUGGCACUAUUAAAAUUCCUGAAUGCAUUCAUCUCUCUUCCCUCCCGGAACCACUCCUACAUCAGACUCAAGCAGCUCUUUCUUUGAUUCUGCACCCAGAUUUGGAAGUAGCAGAUCAUGCUUUCCCCCCUCCACGAACAGCUUUAUCCCAUUCAAAAAUGCUGGAUAAAGAAGUGCGUGCCAUUUUUCUUAGGUUAUUUGCACAACUUUUCCAAGGAUAUAGAUCAUGUCUACAGCUGAUAAGGAUUCACUCUGAACCAGUAAUACAUUUUCACAAGACAGCUUUCUUAGGACAGCGUGGUUUGGUUGAGAAUGAUUUUCUCACUAAAGUUCUCAAUGGAAUGGCAUUUGCAGGUUUUGUUUCAGAAAGAGGCCCUCCCUAUAGAUCCUGUGAUCUCUUCGAUGAGUUGGUAGCUUUUGAAGUAGAGCGAAUUAAAGUUGAAGAAAAUAACCCACUGAAGAUGAUAAAACAUGUUAGAGAACUCGCCGAGCAACUAUUCAAAAAUGAGAAUCCAAAUCCUCAUAUGGCAUUCCAGAAAGUUCCACGUCCAACAGAAGGAUCCCACUUGCGUGUUCAUAUUCUUCCUUUCCCAAAAAUUAAUGAAACCCGGGUACAGGAAUUAAUACAGGAAAACCUUGCUAAGAACCAAAAUGCACCUCCUGCUUCUCGAGUGGAAAAGAGAUGUGUUGUGCCAGCAGGUCCACCUGUUGUUUCAAUAAUGGAUAAGGUGACAACAGUUUUCAAUAGUGCACAGAGAUUGGAAGUUGUUAGAAACUGCAUCUCAUUCAUAUUUGAAAAUAAAACAUUGGAGACUGAAAAGACCCUUCCUGCUGCACUGAGAGCCCUUAAAGGAAAGGCAGCAAGACAGUGUCUCACUGAUGAAUUGGGUUUGCAUGUCCAGCAAAACCGGGCAAUAUUAGACCAUCAGCAGUUUGAUUACAUAAUAAGGAUGAUGAACUGUACGCUACAGGAUUGUUCAAGUUUAGAAGAAUAUAACAUUGCUGCAGCAUUACUCCCUUUGACCAGUGCUUUCUAUAGGAAACUGGCUCCUGGAGUCAGCCAGUUUGCUUACACCUGUGUCCAGGACCACCCCAUUUGGACGAAUCAGCAAUUUUGGGAGACAACCUUUUACAAUGCAGUGCAGGAACAGGUUCGCUCCUUGUAUCUCUCAGCCAAGGAAGACAAUCAUGCCCUAUACAUGAAACAGAAGGAUAAGCUUCCUGAUAGUCAAUAUCAGGAGAAAACAGCAAUGGACCUUGCGGCUGAGCAGCUACGCCUUUGGCCUACUCUGAGCAAAUCAACUCAGCAGGAGCUGGUGCAACGUGAGGAAAGCACUGUCUUCAGUCAGGCCAUUCAUUUUGCUAACCUCAUGGUCAACCUGCUAGUUCCACUUGACACAAGUAAAAACAAGCUUCUACGAACAGUAGCUCCAGGAGACUGGGAGAGUGGGAGCAACAGCAUUGUCACAAACAGUAUUGCAGGAAGUGUAGCUGAGAGCUAUGAUACAGAAAGUGGAUUUGAAGAUUCAGAAAAUAAUGAUAUUGCCAAUUCUGUAGUGCGUUUCAUUACCAGAUUUAUUGACAAGGUUUGUACAGAGAGUGGAGUUACUCAGGAUCACAUCAAGAGCCUUCACUGCAUGAUACCAGGAAUUGUAGCUAUGCACAUUGAGACCCUAGAAGCAGUGCAUCGAGAGAGUAGAAGACUUCCACCUAUACAGAAGCCCAAGAUUCUUAGGCCUACUCUCCUGCCAGGAGAAGAAAUUGUUUGUGAAGGUCUUCGAGUCCUGCUGGAUCCUGAUGGAAGAGAAGAAGCCACUGGAGGCCUUCUUGGAGGCCCUCAGCUCUUGCCGGCAGAAGGAGCUUUAUUCCUCACUACGUACAGAAUUCUGUUCAGAGGGACUCCCCAUGAUCAGCUAGUUGGUGAGCAAACAGUUGUGCGGAGUUUUCCAAUUGCCUCCAUCACCAAAGAGAAGAAGAUCACAAUACAGAACCAGCUACAGCAGAACAUGCAGGAAGGACUGCAGAUCACGUCAGCAUCUUUUCAGCUGAUUAAAGUAGCAUUUGAUGAAGAAGUGAGUCCAGAAAUAGUAGAGAUCUUUAAGAAGCAGCUGACGAAGUUUCGUUAUCCUCAGUCUAUUUUCACCACCUUUGCUUUUGCUGCUGGACAAACUACCCCACAAAUAAUUUUACCCAAGCAGAAGGAAAAAAACACUUCCUUUCGCACCUUUUCAAAGACAAUUGUGAAAGGUGCCAAAAGGGCAGGAAAAAUGACAAUUGGGCGGCAGUAUUUAUUGAAGCGGAGGACAGGUACGAUUGUGGAAGAGAGAGUGAAUCGUCCUGGGUGGAAUGAAGAAGAUGACAUAUCUGUUUCAGAUGAUAGCGAGCUCCCGGCAAAUACCACCCUCAAGGCCUCAGAGAAGUCUACAAUGGAACAGUUAGUAGAAAAAGCUUGUUUCAGAGACUACCAACGUUUAGGUUUGGGAACCAUAAGUGGCAGCUCUUCUCGCCCAAGGCCAGAGUAUUUUCGAAUCACUGCCUCCAACAGGAUGUAUUCACUCUGUCGGAGCUACCCUGGCCUUUUAGUUGUACCUCAAUCUGUACAGGACAGUAGUUUACCAAGAGUAGCCCGCUGCUAUCGACACAAUCGCCUACCUGUUGUUUGUUGGAAGAACUCAAGAAGCAGUACCCUGCUCCUCCGAUCUGGAGGUUUCCAUGGGAAGGGAGUAGUUGGUCUUUUCAAAUCUCAGAACUCCCCUCAGUCAGCUCCUACCUCCUCUCUAGAAUCCUCCAGUAGCAUAGAACAAGAAAAGUACUUGCAAGCCUUGCUGAGUGCAGUUUCUGUCCAUCAAAAACUCAAUGGCAAUAACACCCUUACUGUCAGGCCAGCAUUUGCUCUGUCUCCAGGGACUGAAAGGAGGACUUCAAGAAUGUCCACUGUGCUUAAGCAGGUAGUGCCAGGACAUUUGGAUGUAAACCCAUCCAAUAGCUUUGCUCGAGGAGGUGUCUGGGCAAGUCUCCGCUCCAGCACUCGCUUAAUCAGCUCUCCAACAUCCUUCAUUGAUGUUGGUGCCCGGCUGGCAGGCAAGGAUCACUCAGCCUCCAUUAGUAACAACGCCUAUCUGCAAAACCAGCUCUUGAAACGCCAAGCCACCCUUUAUAUAUUUGGUGAAAAGUCACAAAUUAGGAACUUCAAGUUAGAGUUUGCUUUAAAUUGUGAAUUUGUUCCUGUUGAAUUUCAUGACAUCCGACAAGUGAAAGCCAGUUUUAAAAAGCUAAUGAGGGCUUGUGUCCCAAGUACCAUCCCUACUGAUUCAGAAGUGACCUUCCUGAAAGCCCUGGGAGACUCUGAGUGGUUCCCACAGCUUCACAGGAUAAUGCAGCUGGCUUUGGUUGUGUCAGAAGUGCUUGAAAAUGGUUCCUCAGCUUUGGUCUGUUUGGAAGAAGGCUGGGACAUCACUGCACAAGUGACAUCCCUGGUUCAGUUACUUAGUGAUCCCUUUUAUAGGACCAUUGAAGGCUUCCAGAUGUUGGUUGAAAAAGAGUGGCUCUCUUUUGGUCAUAAAUUCAGUCAGCGGAGCAGUUUGACCCUCAGCUGUCAGGGUAGCGGUUUUGCUCCAGUUUUCCUACAAUUCUUAGACUGUGUACACCAGGUUCACAACCAGUACCCAACUGAGUUUGAAUUCAAUCUCUAUUACUUAAAGUUUUUGGCUUUCCACUAUGUAUCUAAUCGAUUUAAAACGUUUCUCUUGGAUUCAGACUAUGAAAGACUAGAGCAUGGAACUUUAUUUGAGGAUAAAGGAGACAAACAUGCCAAAAAAGGAAUUUGUAUUUGGGAGUGUAUUGAUAGAAUGCACAAAAGGAGUCCUAUUUUCUUUAAUUAUUUAUAUUCUCCAGUGGAAAUAGAGGCCUUGAAGCCCAAUGUUAAUGUCUCCAACCUCAAGAAGUGGGAUUAUUACACAGAGGAGACACUGUCUACAGGGCCUUCAUAUGAUUGGAUGAUGCUGACCCCCAAGCACCUACCCUCUGAGGACUCUGAACUAGCCGGAGGAGCUGGGCCCCAAAGUGGGAGGAAGACAGUGUGGCCUUGCUAUGAUGAUGUCAGCUGUACUCAGCCUGAUGCACUCACCAACCUUUUCCGUGAAAUUGAAAGAUUGGAGCAUAAAUUAAACCAAACCCCUGAGAAGUGGCACCAACUAUGGGAAAGGGUAACUAUGGACAUUAAAGAAGAAUCCAGAGCAGAUCAGCCCCAGAGACACCCUGCAGGCUCUCCAGGAAUUGUGUCUACCAACCUGCCUUCCUAUCAGAAGAGGCCUCUGCUGCAUCUCCCAGAUAGCAGCGUGGGGGAGGAGCAGAAUGCCAGCACCUCCCCAUCCAAUGGCGUGGACCGAAGAGCAGCCACCCUGUACAGCCAGUACACAUCCAAGAACGAGGAAAACAGGUCCUUUGAGGGAACGUUGUACAAAAGAGGAGCUUUACUGAAAGGUUGGAAGCCUCGUUGGUUCGUUUUGGAUGUAACAAAACAUCAGUUGCGAUACUAUGACUCAGGUGAGGACACAAGCUGUAAAGGCCACAUUGAUCUGGCUGAAGUAGAAAUGGUCAUUCCUGCUGGCCCCAGUAUGGGAGCCCCAAAACACACAAGUGACAAGGCCUUCUUUGAUCUCAAGACCAGCAAACGUGUGUAUAAUUUCUGCGCACAGGAUGGGCAGAUUGCCCAGCAGUGGAUGGACAGGAUCCAGAGCUGUAUCUCUGAUGCCUGAGCCAUUGGUCAACCCAAGCGGAAGAGAGACUCAUGCUGCCAGAUAGAAAAGUGCAUGAAACCUUGAGGAGCUGAUAAUGUCCCAGAGCCUGAGGUUCUGCUGCUCAGUCCUACUCAGUCUGCUCAUUCAGCAGUUCGUAUGUCUGCCUAGCUUGAGUGGAUGUGUUACCCAAGCUUGGUCAAGAGUUCCAGGCACCCCCCUCUGCAUCUUACAAAUUGUUAUUACAGAGUCUUAGUGGUUAGGGAUCAGAAGAAUGCUACUGAGCCAACUGUCCUCCAUCCCCUUGACAAAUGGCUACCAUCUACUGGGGCUCUUCAAGAAAACUAAGUUCUUCCUGUUCUGCAAGGUCAUAAUUUCCUUGGAGAGUUUCCUGACAAGCCGAAAUCAAAACCCUCCAAGAAUGUCUCAUUUUCUUCUAGAAUGGGUUCCUAUCACAGGAACUCUCACUCCCUGACCUCAGAGAUGUUUAGUUUUCUGGUGCUCCAAAAGGUGCUUCCACAGUCCCUGCUUGGUCAUUAGGGUCCAGAGCAAAAACAUCAGUGCUUAGUGGUGAGCACAGAGGAGCACACAGGAUUAUCCUGAUGGACAAAAAGGUUGUCCAAGAAGUGAUGAAACAAUGACCAGGCCAAUGCAGGAAAAUAACUGCUUCCCAAAUACUGAAUUCUCUAGGACAGAGGUCCUCUGAGGAUCCAAGACCCUGUUUUCCUAUGUAUUCUUCCGCUCCCUGGCAGCUUACAUAAAAUAACAUGCAAAAAGCUGAAUGCACUAACACUUGGAACAAACACUUGCACUGAACUCCUAAUGAAGAGAAGGUGUUGGAAAGACAGGCGCCAGGUGUUCGUGACACAAACCUGUGGCGAAAAGCCGUGUCGACAGUGCUUGGUGCCCAGACAACACUUUUGCACGUAAGAACUACUUUUUAGAUUUGCUUUUCUUUUGAUAACCUCGUGUUUGUUCAGCUUAAGAUCCAGGGAUGCUCGCUAGUCACGGUAAACAGAACAGCAUCUCUGCUACAGCCACUGCAGCCAAUCAAGUCCUAGGUAACCGAUCAUCGCAUUUGUUUUGAAAUGUUAAUAUGUUAAAUACCAAACUAAUAUUUCAAAAUAUGUAUAUAUGAUUUCUAUAUCCUUGUUUUUCAAGAAGUCUGCUUAUAAUUUAAUAUAAAAUUAACUGACUCAGUCAUGAGUUUCAAUAAUGAAGUGAUUCCCUUUUUAAAAAAUAAGAGACCACUUUGUAGAUUAAAAAUCAGAUUUUCAAAUUUAAAAUUACACGGUAGGAAAUAGAACUGUUAAUAUAUAAGAAAUUGGGGCAGAAGAAGAAGAAUGAAGGAUUUUAUAUCAUUUUCAUUUUAUAAAUUGACACCUGUGAAAAAUGGUUUUUGCACAUUGUUUGUAUUUUUUUCUUUGUAUAUGAAAUAAUUUUUGUACUUUGUAAAAUAUGGAGCCCAUUGUACGUUCAGCUAUUUGAGACUGUACACAGUGCUUCUUUUGUAACUGGAUUCUUUUAACUUUCAUGAAGGCAUCACAUGCCUUACAUUCACUAACCACCUUGAAUUAAAUUUAUUUCUUAAGAAAAUGCGCCCCUUGUUUACUGUGAAAUAAAGUUCAUUCUGCAGAGCACAGCACUCAGGAGGCAACAUUCAGGACUCACAGGGAACUAACAGUUCAAGGCUAAAAACACAGCACUACCCAUUUCAUGUCUUGAUUCUGUUACUGUCCUCACUGUUCAAGAAGUAGCCAGAGAGACUCGACAUGCUGGCUUAAGACUGUAGAUGAAACGGGGUAAGCCCUUUAUCUAUUCUGGGUCACAUUUUCACCAUCAGUGGUGAGAGUAUUCUGUGAGAGUUUUAGGCAGAAAAAAUUGAACUCUAGUUAGACGCUUUUUUGUUUCAAGAAAUUGUUCAACAGCACAAAUGAAAGAUCAAUGAAUUCUGUUCUGAACAUUUCCUCUAGUUAACUGGGGUUUACUGUGGGGACCUUGGCCACAUCUGGACAUGUAGCCAUUUGAAUUCAGAUUCUCAUCUGAGGGCCGAAUCGCUAAGUCUUUUGAUACCAGACGCUCUCAGCCAGGUGUAAAGGGCCACAAGGCUGAAGGUGAGGCAGUGACCAGCCCUCAGUCUCGAGGGCUCCUGUGAUCCAGGCAAGAACCCUCGACCUCGUUGGUCCCAGCCAUCUUUAAUAAUUGGCCCUGGAAACUGCCAUUCUAUCCCUGCUGUGCCCCUAAAAUUCAAUUAGGAAGACAGCAACUAGAAUUGGGGUUUGAGUACAAGAAUAUCUGAAUGUUCUUUUUUCCUCGUGGCUUAGCUGUGGUGGGACAAAAACACUGGGUUCCGAGGAAGAAAGACUAGGAUAAGAAACUCAACAGCCCCUCCUCCCCUGUGGCUCUGUGACUAGGCCUUUCUAUGGGUGGGCUCUCGAAAGAGCCAGACCCAACAGCUACCAAGCCCCACCCCCUUCAGCCCAAGCCCUUAGCCCUCCAUGCUCCAGUCGCUACUCCAGACCUAGAGCUGAAACUUAAGAGUGGCUUUGCUUCUCAAUGCAAAUUGACGUUUCUAGAUAUUUCACAGUUCUUUUAGGACUUAACCCAACCAUCCCACAAAGAAUUCCUGAAAGAUCUCAAGCUGAUAACCAGGAAUUGCCAUCAGCAGCCAGGUGAGGUAAGCAGAGUAUUAAGAAAGCAGUGUUGCAGGGACAGGGCUCAGAGCGACAGUGCCAAAUACAUCAGUGGCUCCCAUUCUUUUUUUUAAACGGUAAAAAGAAACGAGCUAAUUUUAGUAAUAGUUUAUCUUAUUUGUAAUAUAUUUUAGUUAACCCAGUAUGUCAGACUAUUGUUUCAACAUGUGAUAGUAAAUAUUCUUAAUGCUGCAUUUUAUAUUCUUUGUUCAUACUGUCCUCAAAACCCAGUGUGUAUUUUACAGUAUUCAGUUUAGAGCACCAUGUUAGCUUUUUUUCUGUCACUACUUUUCAUAGCAAAUACAUGUCAUUUUUCCACAAACCAAGAGGGUGUCCAACGAUUCCAUUCAAGUCUAACACUAACUCCCAGAGUUAGCACAGACUCCAUACACAGUUAAGGACUCAGUCCCACAACACUGCCCUCGUUUUAUUUAUUUAUUUUAAAAAAGAUUUAUUUUUAUACAAGAGCUGGGGUACAGGCCAGAGGUGCAGGAGGGUGAGAGGAUUCACCAGAGCCAGAGCAGGGAGAAAAACAGGCAGACCCACCAAAAUACACUGCUGAGGGGAGCAGCGGGCAUGACAGGCGAGGUCUGCCUCGCCAUGU